AUGACUCACUCGGAAGAGGAAUCUACGGCUCUCGCCCUCCUCUCGCAGCUCUCGAAUCUGUCGCUCUCACAGCCUCAAUCUGUAGUUACUGCUCUGAAACGACUCAAGCAUGAACUCAUCGGCCACGAUCAGAAGAAGGAACUAUUUGUGCGUUUGGGAAUUGUUCCCCCGCUUGUGAAGAUUCUGGAAGGUGGUACUAGAACAACGGAUGAAGCUUGGGGUGAUGCGAGGGUUGAAGCUGGGAUUGCUAUAGGAAGUUUGGCGUAUGGCGGCGAAGCACACAUUUCCCAUUUGCUUUUCUCGCAAGCCCUUGCUCCUCUGAUAGCUUCGCUCAAUCCGUCCUACAAUCCCUCCAAACUCGUUCACUGCUCCCUUCGAACCUUGAACACUAUUCUCGACACAGCGUCCUCAUCAGAAAGCCCAUCCUAUGCAAUUGCCGCAGCGCUGUACACUCCCGAAGUGUUGAGGAAUAUUUGCAAAAUUAUCUCCCAGACUUCCCCAUCUUCUGCUGUGCAGCAGCAAAUUUGUCUUGCUUCAUCGUUAAUUGCAAAGUCGUGUGGCCGGUACGAUCCUGCGAGGAUCAUUGAUAGUGGCGGGAACAGCUUAUCUCAGGAAGGGACCCAUGAAAAAUUACUCGUUGAAACAGGAGUGCUGGAUGCUUUGAGUGCAAGGCUGGGAUCCUUUGUUGUUUCAUGGAAGGCUACUCAAAAACCGUCGAAAGGUCGUGGGGAGCCUGACAUACCGCCUCCAGCUCCCCAAGGCGCAAAACUAGCCCCAAUACUUGAUGCUAUCUCGGUCAUAAUAAAAAAUUCGAAACUUCGUUCUUUGGAGUUUCUAUUUUCACCGGCUUUAACAGCAAUUUUCCCGCCAUCUACGCUAACCUCCAACGCAGCGGAAGCUAAAUCCUCCAUGUCAAGUAAGCAUAGUGAUUCUUUGCCUGGAUCAACAACAUCUAUAAAGCUUCCUCAACAGAAGUCUUCUUCAAGCUCCAUAAUUCAGCCUCCACAACUGCUCAUCACACCUUCCGCAUUCCCUCCACUUACUCCAUCUUCUGCUCAUUUUCCACCUCUUUCUGCUGCCAGCCAAGGAUCUGCGGAUUAUUCAUCGCUCCAUCACUACAACACGCAGCACUAUCAUCAUCAUCCCAAUCAUUCUAUCGGAGUUGCAGAGGCUCAGUCUAUGCUUCUUGGAUCCGGAGCUGGGACUGACGAUUCAGAAUCCUCAACAGGAGGCGAUACUCCUCUUCGUCAGCGUGCGGAAACCACCGAUGCAGAAGACCCAAUUCUUCGAGCAUCAAAUCUUGAAUCUAUUUCUGGUGGCUCAGAAGUGGAUAUAGAGAUUGAGGAAUCGCCGGUAAUUCUCUGGCUGAUUUCUCAAGUUCGUUCAGGGGAUUCUUUCACGAGAUUGAUGGCCACUGCUGUUUUGACAAACCUUUUCAAAGUGUCCCUUAUUAGCAAGAAGAUGACGCAUAUAUUGGUGUUAUUGGUAUUGCCAGUUUUGGUGAGGCUUCUUAACGAAGAGGAUAUGCUUGUAAAGGUGGGUGUCGGUGUUGGCGGGGUGGACGCCGAAACUCGACAAAAGUGGAUCAUUCAGGAAAGGGCGCCAGCUAUUCUUUCAAGGCUAGUCAUGGAUAGUCCGGAGAUGCAGAAGGCUGCCGUUGAUGCCUUGGCUAUCAAGAAAUUAGCUCUUAUGCUACGGAAAGCGACUGAGUCCCCAUCUUCCUCAGUUAAUGGCGUCGCAAAUGGAGACUCGAUUGAAUCCGAAGAGACAGAGAAACACAGGCGGAAUAGGCCAGAGAUCUCUCAUCGCAUGAAAGUUAAGGAGGGUACAAUGAGGUGUUUGGCAAGUCUGGCACUUUUCAAGGACGAUUACCGCAAAACAAUCAUUGAGGCAGGGGUAAUCCCUAUGGUAGUCUCUUCCAUGAAGCCUUUGGAGCCUAUUCCCGGUGCUCCUGCUUCUCAAGAAAACAAUACAGGGGAGGGUAAUCCACCUGCUGUUCUUAUUGCCGCUUGUGGUGUCGUACAAUCUCUCUCUCGAUCAGUCUCAAUUCUCCGAACUUCUUUAAUUGAUGCCGGAGUCGCGAUGCCCCUAUUUACGCUUUUGCGUCACGAGGAUAUCGAGGUCCGCGUCGCAUCUACUGCCGCUGUUUGUAAUCUGUUGCUAGACUUUUCGCCGAUGAGGCAGCCAAUAGUUGAUGCUGGUGUCAUGGAUAUACUAUGCACACACGCUAAGAGUGAUAACGCAUCGCUGAGGCUAAACGCGCUUUGGGCUUUGAAGCAUCUGAUUCUUGAUGCCGAGAGUGGAGUAAAAAGGAAAUGUUUUGAAGGACUGGGGAUUGAAUGGUUCAUCAAGGUUAUCAGCACUGAUGGUGUUGGUGAUCAAUCAGUCGAGGACGAAGAUAUGGCUGAGGUCGAGGAGGGUGAAGCCGAUGUGGGCGCGAUGGAAGAUAGUAUCGGUGAUCUGAGGAAACUAGCCCAUAGGAGAUCAGACGAAGAAUUUUACGACGCUCCGGAAGAAAGAGCGAGGUCUAAAGCUCGGAAGCUCCCGCCAAAAGCUGCCUUGGUUAUGGCACAGCUCGAACGGAGGGAGCCGGAGGAAAUCACCAUGAGAAGAAAGCAGAGCAUCGCAAUGCAGGAACAAGGCUUGGACUUUAUCAGAAACUUCAUUUGCAACAAGGACCGCACUCAGAUGAUUGAUCUUUUGUUUGAGCGUAUGGGCGAGAAUCGUCUUUUUGAGAUGUUGGAGGAUAAGCUUAGGCCACGGAACGUAAAGUUUCGGAACGGGAGCGGAUCUACCCUUGCCCUGCCACCAGGGGAAGUUGUAAGCUCUAUUGUAUACAUCCUUGUUCACAUCGCUGCUGGGGCAUCGAGCCACCGACAAAUCUUGGCCGAAAGAACGGAGCUAUUAAAGCUUCUCUCUAGCCUGUGGAACCAUCGUCUUCCGAAUGUCAGGACUGGCCUUGCUUGGAUUGUUAUCAAUCUGACCUGGGUCGACAAGGCAGAUAGCCCCGAGGAGGAGGAGGUUAGGGGCCGUAUCCAGCAAUUGGUGAGGCUUGGAUUCGACAAGAGCUUGGAAGGAAUGUUAAAGGAUUCUGAGUUGGAUGUUAGGGAGAGGGUUAAGACGGCAAUGUAUCAGAUGGGAUCUGGGCAGGUCGAGUAA